AUGUACUCCUGCAGCGUCGACCGAGACCGCUCGGGCGCGGCGGAGCGUGCCGUGGCUUUCGGCGCCAAGUACCAGCCAUGCAACACGGCACCGACGGCCCGGGCGGCCGCCAGUCAAGUCCUCCCCUCGGACGCGCAGCCGCCGCCGCGGCGCCCCAGGAAGUCGGCGUCGCGCCGGUCGUCCACCACCGUGGUGGCCACCGACGUGUCCAACUUCCGCGCCAUGGUUCAGGAGCUCACCGGCUUCCAGCCGGCGCCGGCCGCCAUCUUCCGGCCGCAGCCGCGUCGGGCCCACGCCACCGCCGCCAGCCACUCCCUGCUGGCCGUGGCGCACGGGUGCGGCGGUGCGGUGCUGCAGGGGCGGAGCACAGACGCGGAAGCUACCGCCGGCAACGGCAGCCGCGACGUCCCGGCAGUGGUGCAGCCAUUGAUGCACCCGACGCCGGGCGUGUUUGACUUUGACGGGCUGGGGGACCUCGGGCUGCCGGAGUUCGAUACGUGGCCUGAUUUCUCCUUUGAAUAG